CGCUACAGCCAGCAGAGCAGCGGAGAGAAGAGAAGAGCGCAAGAAGAGGAGAAUCGCAGGAGAGAAUCGCGCAUCUCUCGCUGAUUUAUCUCUGGGCUGUAGCAGGUGGACAGCAGAUCAGAUCAGUCCAUCUUCUUCAUCCCACACGUCUCCUCGUCUGCUCUUCAGCUUUAUUUAGCAGAGUUUUGGGAGAGCGUUCGAACGGCAGGAUGGUCAACAACCUGACCGAAUGCGAGGAGGCAGAGGGAGCCGCCAACAGUCAGGUGGUCAACACCACCUGUCCGCCCAAAAAAGGAGAUGGAAACCCUAAGGAGAGCAGUCCAUUCAUCAACAGCACAGACCCGGAGAAGAACCAGCAAUUUGACGGCAAGAACAUGGCCCUGUUUGAGGAUGAGAUGGACACGAUUCCCAUGGUAUCGUCUCUUCUCAGCAGUCUCGCCAACUACUCAAACCUGCCCCAAGGCAGCAAAGAACAUGAAGAGGCGGAGAACAAUGAGGGUUCACGCAAAAAACCUGUCCAGGCUCCGCGGAUGGGGACGCUGAUGGGUGUGUACCUGCCCUGCCUGCAGAACAUCCUGGGUGUGAUUCUAUUCCUCAGGAUGACCUGGAUGGUGGGCAUCGGCGGCGUCAUCGAAGCCUUCAUCAUCGUACUCAUGUGCUGCUCCACGACGAUGCUCACUGCCAUCUCCAUGAGUGCCAUUGCCACGAACGGCGUCGUGCCAGCUGGAGGCUCGUAUUAUAUGAUCUCUCGUUCUCUGGGGCCUGAGUUUGGUGGAGCGGUGGGAAUCUGCUUCUACCUCGGCACCACCUACGCUGGAGCCAUGUACAUCCUGGGCUGCAUCGAGAUCCUGCUGGUGUACAUUGUGCCACAAGCAGCCAUCUUCAAGAUGGAGGGUCUGGAAGGAGCAGAAGCCGAAGCCGCCAUGCUGAACAACAUGCGUGUUUACGGGACGCUGGUGCUGAGCUUCAUGGCCAUCGUGGUGUUUGUCGGAGUGAAGUAUGUGAAUAAACUGGCGCUCGUCUUCCUGGCCUGUGUCAUCUGUUCAAUCCUCGCCGUCUACGCCGGAGUGAUCAAGACUGCCUUUGAGCCACCAGUUUUCCCGGUCUGUGUGCUGGGAAACCGGACUCUGGUUUGGAAAGGUUUUGAUGUGUGCGCGAAGGUCAUCGAGAGAGAAAACGCCACGGUCACAACCAAACUCUGGCGGCUCUUCUGCGACUCUGAGUUUCUGAACGCCACCUGCGACACCUAUUUCACCAAUAACAACGUCACCGAAAUGCAGGGAAUCCCCGGGGUGAUGAGCGGCACCCUGCGCGAGAAUCUCUUUGGGAAUUAUAUGGAUAAGGGAGCGUUCAUUGAGAAGACUGGAUUAUCAUCUGUGGUUGAACCUGAUUCCAUCCCAACCAACACUAACCGAUAUGUGCUGGCCGACAUUACCUCCUUCUUUACCAUGUUAGUGGGCAUCUACUUCCCUUCAGUGACAGGUAUCAUGGCUGGAUCCAACCGCUCUGGGGAUUUGCGUGAUGCCCAGAAGUCAAUUCCCAUCGGCACCAUCCUGGCCAUCACCACCACCUCCAUCAUCUACAUGUCCAGUGUGGUGCUGUUCGGUGCUUGCAUCGAGGGAACAGUCUUGAGGGACAAGUUUGGUGAGGCGGUGAGGGGUAAUCUGGUGAUCGGGACACUGGCGUGGCCUUCGCCCUGGGUCAUCGUCAUCGGCUCCUUCUUCUCCACCUGCGGCGCAGGGCUCCAGAGCCUAACAGGUGCUCCCCGGCUCAUGCAGGCCAUUGCUCGGGAUGGGAUUGUGCCAUUCCUUAGGGUGUUUGGCCAUGGAAAAGCCAACGGAGAGCCGACCUGGGCACUCCUGCUGACCGCAUGUAUCUGUGAGAGUGGGAUUCUCAUCGCUUCUCUGGAUAACGUUGCUCCCAUUCUCUCCAUGUUUUUCCUCAUGUGCUACAUGUUUGUGAAUCUGGCCUGUGCUGUUCAGACUCUCCUCAGAACACCAAACUGGAGACCUCGAUUCAAGUUCUACCACUGGACUCUGUCUUUUCUAGGCAUGAGUCUGUGUCUCUCGCUCAUGUUCAUCUGCUCCUGGUACUACGCCAUUGUUGCAAUGGGCAUCGCCGGCUGCAUCUACAAGUAUAUCGAGUUUCGAGGAGCGGAGAAGGAAUGGGGUGAUGGGAUUCGAGGUUUGUCUCUCAGUGCUGCUCGCUUUGCUCUUAUGAGGUUGGAGGAGGGUCCACCACACACCAAAAACUGGAGACCUCAGAUUUUGGUUCUGGUGAACAUGGACGGGGAGCUGAAGGUGGAUCAGCCCCGAAUGCUGUCUCUGACCAGUCAGCUGAAGGCUGGCAAGGGUCUGACCAUCGUGGGCACAGCGCUUGAGGGAACAUACCUGGAGAACCAUGAUCAGGGACAGCAGGCCGAACAGUCUCUGAGGAAGCUGAUGGAGACGGAGAAGGUGAAGGGCUUCAGUCAGGUUGUGAUCUCCUCCAACAUGAGAGAUGCCAUGUCUCAUCUGGUCCAGGCUUCGGGUCUUGGUGGUCUUCAACACAACACUGUUCUGGCCAGCUGGCCUCGCAACUGGAAACAAGCUGAAGAUCAUCAGAGCUGGAGAAACUUCAUUGAGCUGGUGAGAGAAACCACGGCUGGCAGUAAAGCUCUGCUGGUGCCCAAAAACAUCUCGGCCUUCCCUUCGAAUGGAGAGCGCUUCACUGAGGGUCACAUUGACGUCUGGUGGAUCGUCCAUGAUGGAGGGAUGCUGAUGCUGCUGCCCUUCCUCCUCCGCCAGCAUAAGGUUUGGAGGAAGUGUAAGAUGCGCAUCUUCACUGUGGCUCAGAUGGACGACAACAGCAUCCAGAUGAAGAAAGAUCUGACCACCUUCCUGUAUCACCUGCGCAUAGACGCCGCCGUCGAAGUGGUGGAGAUGCAUGACAGUGAUAUCUCAGCAUACACAUAUGAGAAAACCCUGAUGAUGGAGCAGCGCUCUCAGAUCCUCAAGCAGAUCAACCUCACCAAGACUGAGCGGGAACGAGAGAUCCAGAGCAUCACUGAUAGUUCUCGCGGCUCAAUCCGCCGUAAAAACCCGGCGGCCGUCACGACUCAGCUAAGCGUCACUGAAGAGCCAGCGGCCAGCAGCAAAGAGCAGAAACCAGAAGAGGAGUGUGUCCCUGUGUCCCCGUCCCAACAGGAGCAGCUCAUUCAUGAUAAGAGCACGAACCCUCCGACCCCCGCCACUCCACAGUCACCCAGCGCAGACGCCCAGACGCCCGGUACCGCCGUCCAGAUGACCUGGAGCGAAGUCAAGUGUGACGGAGAGCAGAACAAACCUGUUGGGGCAACAACACCCGAGGCCAUCAAAGACCUCUUCAACAUGAAGCCAGAAUGGGAAAAUCUAAACCAGUCGAACGUGAGGCGCAUGCACACCGCACUUAGACUCAAUGAAGUCAUUAUUAAGAAAUCCCAGGAGGCCAAACUAGUGCUGCUGAACAUGCCGGGACCACCCCGAAACAGAAGCGGAGACGAGAACUACAUGGAGUUCAUGGAGGUUUUAACUGAGGGUCUCAACCGGGUCCUCCUAGUGCGUGGUGGAGGUCGUGAGGUCAUCACCAUCUACUCUUAAGAAACUAGUCAACAUCACUGCCCUCCCCGUUUUCCCCUCGUCCCCCAAGCAAUAUCCCAGUAUUCCCUUUCGGUCAAGCAGCUUCAUCUGUUCCAGUUCUACCGAUCUGCCAAACAUUCACACUUUACUGCUCUGUGAAGAAGAAGAAGUGCACUGUUGAUGUCAGUGGGUAUUUGUUCAAUGCCCCUCUGCUGUAGCUUUCCUACAUCAUCUGUCAAUCACAGCUCUCGCCCAAUCAGGAGAAGCGGUGGGUUGGGCUUGAUUUGUCUUUAUCGCUUCAUUUCUUCGUCAGAGAUGCUGUGAAAUACUGCUCUGGUGGAGACUGAUCACGGUUUACAUCUUUUAGGUCUCCGGAUGUGUUAAAUGUGAAAAGAUUUGGAGUGUGAGGAGUAUAUAUACACACACACUUAAAAAAAUAGGCUAAUUUGAACUGUGAAAUGUGAAGUUUAAAGUCAACGUGGAAUGAAAGUUGGAGCUCUUUACUUCUGUGUCACUUUUUAGUUUAUGUGCCAAUUCUCGCUGUUAUCUACGGGCUUUUUGACUGCUUGUUAUUAAGAUAUUUACAUUUAUAUUUACUCAUUUAGCAGACAUUUUUAUCCGAAGUGACUUAGAAAUGAGGAUAAAAGAAGCACUUCAAAUCACCAGAGGGUAGCAGUGUAUAAAUUCUAUGAUAAAGGUCCAACGAGCCGCAACGUCAACAAACAGAAUCUGUCGCACAGUUAAGCAAGGUUGUCUAACCGUGGCAAGAAUUCCGGGCCGAGAACGGUUCCAGGCUCCGUAUAGAAACAACCGUAAUUGUACCGAAGAGUUCUUAGAACAGUUUGGCACGAUAGUGGAAAAGCGGCUUAAGUUACUAAGCCUACGAGUCUAAAUUAUUUUUUAUUAUUAUGUAAUUAAUAUAUUUAUAUAUUUUUGUU